AUGGUUGCCUUAGACCAGUCCCCCGUGGUGGCAUCUGCAGGCAGUGAUAUUCCAACAUAUCACCAGGUCCCGGAGACCUCUUAUGAAUUGGACUGGGCGGACCUUGCCACUUUGGAUCUCUCUCAGUUUGAUCAACCAGGGGGUAAAGAGCAGCUGGCCAAGCAGCUAUCUGAUGCUAUCAAAAAUAUAGGAUUCUUUUAUAUCAUCAACUUUGGCCUCUCGCAGGAAGAUGUUGACCGCCAGUUCUCUAUUGGCCAAGAGCUAUUCAAGCUUCCCCUCGAUGAGAAGCUCAAGUAUCGUGCAGAGCUUGAAAAAGGAGGCUACAAUGGCUACAAGCCCAAGGGGCUACGGGAAAUCACCCCAGGGGUAUUUGACAACAUCGAAAUCUAUAACAUUCCCAAAUUUAUCCCAGCCUUCGAACGCCCUCAGCCGGAUAUUGUGAAUGAAAACCGUCCUAUUAUUGAGAAAUUCGCACGCCACAUUCACGAUGAGAUUGUACGCAAAUUGCUCACGCUACUAGCUAUUAUCCUCGAGCUUCCCGAGGACUAUCUUCUCAAUGUGCACCGAUACGACGAGAAGAGCGACUGCCACUUGCGAUAUAUGAAAUACAGCCGUCGUACGGCCGAAGAGAACGAGAAAGCUUCCGGCAUAUGGACGAAGGGCCACACCGACUUUGGCAGCUUGACCCUGCUGUUUCGCCAACCUGUUGCUGCACUUCAGGUCCGCACCCCGGAGGGCGAGUGGAAGUGGGUAAAGCCGUACCCAGGCAGCAUUACGGUCAACCUUGCCGACUCGCUGGAGUUUCUAACCAAUGGCUUCCUUAAGAGCAGCAUACAUCGCGUCGUUAUGCCCCCGCCAGAUCAACGGGAUGUCGACCGCUUGGGUGUGCUGUACUUCGUCCGCCCAGAGGAUGACCUCGAGUUACGGCCUGUGGCGAGUGAAGUACUUCGUCGGUUGGGAUAUGAUCAGAUAACUGAUAAUAGUGCAGUGGGCAUCACUGCGGGCGAAUGGGUGAAGGCUAGGGUUGCUAAAGGGGUUGACAAGGGCGUGCCACGGAAUGAAAUCGGUUCCCAGCCGAUUCUCGGCGGCGUGGUAGCCAAGUAUUACGAUUAG